CGCGCGGUGUCCUUCUCCGAGUCGCUCUCCGCGCCGGGGUCUCGGCGAUCUCUUCUCCUCCUCCUCUUUCUCCUCCCCCCUUCCCCCCCUCCCCAACCCUCCGCCUUGCUCCGCCGCGGCUCCGGCUGGAAGCGCCGCUGUCAUUCCUGCGCCGGAGGAGCCGGCGCUGCCCGUGCCUGGGGGUCGGGGCUCGGGAAGCCGGGCCGCGGGGGACCCAACAGGCCAAAAUCCUGAGCAUGAUGGAAGACAAUAAGCAGCUCGCGCUCCGCAUCGAUGGGGCGGUCCAGUCGGCCAGCCAGGAGGUGACCAACCUGCGAGCCGAACUCACAGCCACCAACCGGAGACUGGCGGAACUGAGCGGCGGCGGCGGCCCCGGCCCGGGCCCGGGAGCGGCGGCCAGCGCCUCGGCGGCGGCGGACUCCGUGGCGGCGAACAUGGAGAACCACCAGCACAGCGCGCAAGCGCUCCUGCGGGAGGAAGUGUCCCGGCUCCAGGAGGAAGUCCACCUUCUCCGGCAGAUGAAGGAGAUGUUGAUGAAGGACCUGGAGGAGUCGCAGGGUGGCAAGUCCUCUGAGGUCCUCUCGGCCACCGAGCUCAGGGUCCAGCUGGCCCAGAAGGAGCAAGAGCUAGCCAGAGCCAAAGAAGCCUUGCAGGCCAUGAAAGCCGACCGGAAGCGCCUAAAGGGUGAGAAGACGGACCUGGUGAACCAGAUGCAGCAGCUGUAUGCCACGCUGGAGAGCCGCGAGGAGCAGCUUCGCGACUUCAUUCGCAACUACGAGCAGCACCGCAAGGAAAGCGAGGAUGCCGUGAAAGCUCUGGCUAAGGAGAAGGACCUGCUGGAGCGCGAGAAGUGGGAGCUGCGGCGCCAAGCCAAGGAGGCCACGGACCACGCCACAGCACUGCGCUCCCAGCUGGACCUCAAGGACAACCGGAUGAAGGAGCUGGAGGCGGAGCUGGCCAUGGCCAAGCAGUCCUUAGCCACACUGACCAAGGACGUCCCCAAGAGGCAUUCACUCGCCAUGCCCGGCGAGACGGUGCUUAACGGCAACCAGGAGUGGGUGGUACAGGCAGACCUCCCGCUGACCGCAGCCAUCCGACAGAGCCAGCAGACUCUCUACCAUUCACAUCCCCCCCACCCUGCGGACCGGCAAGCGGUCAGGGUGAGCCCCUGCCACUCCCGGCAGCCCUCUGUCAUCUCCGACGCAUCUGCCGCCGAAGGCGACCGGUCGUCCACGCCAAGCGACAUCAACUCCCCCCGACACCGGACACACUCCCUCUGCAACGGCGACAGUCCCGGCCCAGUUCAGAAGAACCUGCACAACCCCAUUGUACAGUCACUAGAGGAUCUUGAAGACCAAAAACGGAAAAAGAAGAAAGAGAAGAUGGGAUUCGGCUCCAUCUCGCGUGUCUUCGCCAGAGGGAAGCAGCGGAAGUCCCUCGACCCCGGCCUCUUUGAUGACUCCGACAGCCAGUGCAGCCCCACGCGGCAGAGCCUCAGCCUGUCGGAGGGCGAGGAGCAAAUGGACCGGCUGCAGCAGGUGGAGCUGGUCAGGACCACGCCCAUGUCCCACUGGAAGGCGGGAACUGUCCAGGCCUGGCUGGAGGUAGUCAUGGCCAUGCCCAUGUACGUCAAGGCCUGCGCAGAGAACGUCAAGAGUGGGAAGGUGCUGCUGAGCCUGAGCGACGAAGACCUGGAGCUGGGCCUGGGUGUGUGUAGCUCGCUACACCGGCGCAAGCUGCGGCUGGCCAUCGAGGACUACCGCGACGCCGAGGCGGGCAGGAGCCUGUCCAAAGCCGCUGACCUGGACCAUCACUGGGUGGCCAAGGCCUGGCUCAACGACAUCGGCCUGUCCCAGUACUCCCAGGCCUUCCAAAACCACCUGGUUGACGGGCGGAUGCUGAACUCCCUGAUGAAGCGGGACCUGGAGAAGCACCUGAAUGUGUCCAAGAAGUUCCACCAGGUCAGCAUCCUGCUGGGGAUUGAGCUGCUGUACCAAGUGAACUUCAGCAGGGAGGCUCUCCAGGAGCGCCGGGCCCGCUGCGAGACACAGAACAUAGACCCCGUGGUCUGGACCAACCAGCGGGUGCUCAAAUGGGUGCGAGACAUUGACUUGAAGGAGUACGCAGACAACCUGACCAACAGUGGCGUCCACGGCGCCGUGCUGGUGCUGGAACCCACGUUCAACGCUGAGGCCAUGGCCACCGCCCUGGGCAUCCCCAGCGGGAAGCACAUCCUCCGGAGGCACCUGGCGGAGGAGAUGAGCGCCAUCUUCCACCCGGCCAACUGCACAGGCAUCCGGGAAGCUGAGCGAUUUGGAACGCCCCCCGGGAGGGCCUCCAGCAUCACCCGGGCAGGGAAGGAGGAGAACAGCGGUGGUAUCAAGUACAAGGCUGGCCGGCUGCCCCUGGGAAAGAUAGGAAGGGGCUUUAGCAACAAAGACCCCGAUUUCCAUGAUGACUAUGGCUCUCUUCAAAAUGAAGAUUGCGGAGACGAGGACUCCCAGGGCAGGCUGGAGCAGUGCCGUCUGGAGGGCUAUAAUGGCUUGGAGGUCACCAACGUGUAAGGAGCAGAUGUUCCACCAGACCCAACAUGGAAAGACCCGGGGAGGCAGGCCAUCCCGGGACCGUCACCACUGUACAUAGUCAGUUCGGCCUGAGGAUGCUCCUCUGGUCCCCAGAAAUCUCAGCAGACUGCCGUGACUUUGAAUGGGAUCCCCACAGAACGAGGGGACACCAGCCUGCCUGCCUGGAGCGGACUGAGGACUUCCCUGCUCCCUGGAAUAAGACUAGCCCGAAGGACCAAUCAGGGUGCCCAGCACCUCCAUUAUCAAGGCUCUGCCACUGAGUGACUCAGCCACUGAGCAGUCCAGGUGAUCCUGGGAGCCUUGAACUAAGCCUCCUGGGUGUAUAGAAGCACAGAGUUCCCCAAGAUACCAUCCCAAGAGGAGCAGGUAGGACUCUAGCGAGAUACACAGAGCCCAGUGGUGGCAAUGCCAGGAGCUUGCAAGGCUGGGGGCUCACCAUCCUCAUGUGGACCCUUCCAGCCAGCCUCGUGGUGGUCUCAGCUCCCACAUACAUGCCCUCUAUGACCGAGAACUUAGCUUCUGACUUGGGUCAUUGAAUCUCCCUUGGGAGAAUGCAAAACAGGAGUGUCAUUCAAAUCUUAAAAGCCUUGUGUCAUGUCAGCGUGGAUGUAUUCAAGGGCUACCUGGCCCCUCCCUGGGGGAGGGGCUCCACUGGGUGAAGGAGGGCGAUGAUCCCUGUAGAGGUGGGGCUGAGCAGCAGCCUUCCUAGGAACUGUGGGUACCCCGUCAUCUGGAUGAAGGACAUCGUGUCAACAAGACUGGGAAUGACUGAGUUCGGUCUGUGACAACUUGUCCCGAGUGUGACAGUGGAGCAGGGAAAUGCUUCUCGUUGACGCGACAGACCUUGUUGUCACCUGACACACAGGUGUGCUCAGCAGUGCCUGAACGGAGCUGAGUCUCACCAGUCGCUGAGGUGACGGAGAGGACCCCCAGCCUUCUUCUUGACUCUGCUGCUGUUUUGCUGUGUGGCUUAUUCCCAGUGGCCUCACCUCUCUGUGCCUCAGCAGCUUCAUCUACAAUACUUCUGGUUCCCUCCUGGGGAUGUUGUGAGGAUUAACACUUGCUAACCUCUGUAACAUUCUUACCCUCUCAGGAGACAAGUGGGAAGUUAUGGGAUCUGGGAUGGGUGUCUCAUUUCCCAUUUACAACACAGAAUUGAUACUGUACUCGUUCUCUCCAACUCUUUGGUUGGAGCAAUGUGCACAAGGAGGGCAAGGCAUGUUUAAUGUGCAAGCUCUCUAGGGCCCCCAUGGGACUGGACCCCCAAAAGAGGAAAAUCCCGCAGCCCUUGAAAACCAGUUUGAUUCCUGUGUUCAGACUUGAAUUCAUUGACCUCAUUACUAAGAAGUGAUUAGGGGUGGACAGACAGUAUUGGGGUUCCACUUACACUUUUGUUAUCAAAGCACAUGAUUCAUUUGGACCACAAUGAUUCAGUCGACCACAAUGGUCGACUUCCAAUGAGGCCUUUGGCACCACCAGUCUAUAAAAGGUUUGAAUUUCCAGGACUGGAAGCAGGGGUUGGCCUCCAAGAACCAUCAAAGCGCCUGGUCUUCAACCCAAUGAAUGAUUUCCCCUCAAGGGAAAAGCACAAACCUAGGCCCAAUGAGCUUAAAAAUUCCUCCUCCCUGAGGCUGAAGACCAUUAUAUUCUAAACUUAACAGAAGCACAGCUUUUUAGACAGGCAUGCCCCCUCUGGUCUGAGCGUUUGACCUCCUAGGGACACAUGUCUGAUUCCUGGGCCCAAGGAGUGAGGCUCUGGAACCUGACUUGGCUUUGCUGAGGCUCCAAACUCACUAUCUUUAUGUCAUCAAGCCACAUACAUGGGGUUUGAGGCUGCAAUGCUCACAGCCCAGAGAGGGGAGUAAAACCUCCCUCUAACCUGAUGCCGCAGGUCACUCCCAGGCCAGCAUCCAGGCUGGGUGACUGGGGGCGCCAGGAUCUGCCUCUCAGGAAGCAGCAAAGCGGAAAGGCAGUGUUUCUCACAAGGUGAGCAGGAGUGGCAGACAGGGAGGUGCCUGAAUGUGGGUCUGAUCGUAUGAAACCAAUGCAUUGUUCCCCACUCAGGCCCACUGGGGGCAAGAUGGGCAAGUGGACAACUGAGGGGUCACUGGAAGGAAUGGCACUGCCCGAAACAUUCUCAUCAUUCAGCUAGCAGGCCUGGGGCAACAUGGGCAACCUCAAAUGCACCUUUUGGUCCAAAUGAUGCUCUAAGUUCACAUUCUCACUUGCCCAAUUUUCUGUGUCCCUGGCAGUCAGGUGAGCAUUUGGAACUGACUUUUCAACAUGAGGAUGGGUUGGCUGAUAAAUGAACAAGCUCUACACAGAGUUAAACCAAGAAAAGCUCUGUCUGUUGGAAAAACCCUAAAUGUCAGCCCUGCUACAGGGCAGGCAAGAAGAGCAGGGCAUGUGAUCUCGGCAGAGGUUCUGGUAGCUGGUUAGCAAAGGCUGGCAGUGUGGCCACCCAUGGAACAUUGACUGGCCACAUCCUGUCCAAACAGCCUGGGUCAUGGUUUUGGUCCUUAACGGGUGGUGACAUGACACCUGGACCUGGGAACCAUAUGCAUGUGCUUCUCUGAGGUGAUGUCACCUGUACCCAUGGGUGCUGGCCCUUUCCAAAGAGAUAGUUGCUGCCAGAGGUUGGGGAAAACCAGGGUAGGCAGACACACCCCAUAUUCCUCCUAGUACCUGGGGGCUGGAGCCGUAAGAAGGCUCAGCUUUCUAACCCUCUGUACCUCUGGAAAGCUCCCUUGGCCUUGGCUGAGCAGGGCCUUUCUCCCAUAAAUCCAUCUGUCUCAUCAUUGCAGUCAUUGGACCCCAGGAUGCAGGAGACAGGGACAGGGAGACUCCGCAGAAGCACCUGGGCCAGAGGAAGCUGAGGGGAAGGGCUCUCCCCGCAGCCCAGCCAGCAUGGAGGGGCCUCAGAGCAGUGACCCCAAAUCUCAAGGCCACUGAAUGGGUCUGGGUCCAGAAGAAUGGGACGAUUUGGCAAGAUGUUCCAAGCCUUGCUCUCCCCCUUCCCAUCACAGCCCAUAUGUUCUGGACACCAUCACUUCUGCUCUGCCCUUCGAGGUUCCAGUGGGCUCCUGGCAGUUGAGUGGCAAGAAAAAGAAGCCCUGUGCAAAACAGCAUCUUCUGACACUAACAUCCUUCCCAGCAGUUGGCUGAUGAGAAUAAUUUCCUGAGCCCUAACACCCCCAGGAGUUUUUGGCUACAAAGGAAACAAGUUGUCCAUGAACUAGGAUGAUGUUCCUGACAUUUAAUUGCUGGUCAUGGCCCUGAAUGUCUUCCCAAGAGUGAAUUUUAACACUGUAACAAUAAAUACUACUUCACAGC